GAUUGCACUUGGCAACUGUGCUAACAAGCGUGCAGAAGACCAAAAUUUGUGAUUGUGUUGCGGUGUUUUGUGAACAAAUUUUGUUUACUGUUUUCAAAAUGGCUAGUUUUCCUCAAAGACAAAUGCAAGAUGAAAUGGAAAGGUUUGAGGCUGAAAUCUCCAACUCCACGUCUAAACCUAGCAUACCAUCUGUUUUAAAACCAAACAUGAUACGUCCUACUUCUGGGGCACCAGGAGUUUUUCAGCAAAAGUUUCAGCCUCCCACACACUUUCUGCCUACACAGCUUCAAAGGGCUGGAGUACGCCCCACAGUUUCUUCUAUCUCCCAGCCGUUUUCUUCUUCCACAUCUGCACCACCUUCCAGCAUAGCUUCAAGUGUCGGAACAGCCAUCAUCAGUAACAAACCUGUUCUUUAUCUACCUGACAAAGAGGCUAAGGCAUCAUCAUCAACUUCUGCAACUGCGAAUUUGAUCAAAACUCCACAGCCUGUAGCCAAAAAGGCUAAAGUUGAAGCCAAAUCCCCGACUAAAGUUGUUCCAACAGCAGCAAGCGGCCCAUCUGUUUUGAGGGCCCCAUCCUCUACGGUUGGUUCAGCAACUGUCAAAGCUGGAACAGAAGAACCCAAAGUACAAAAAAUGAAGAAACCCAAAAAGUUUGUCAGGGCGGCUGGUGGUACAGUUUGGCAAGACGACUCGCUGCUGGAAUGGGAUCCAAAUGACUACCGAAUCUUUUGCGGUGAUCUCGGCAAUGAUGUAACAGAUGAGGUACUGGCCCGCGUUUUCGGCAAGUUCCCGUCAUUUCAGAAGGCAAAAGUGAUCAGAGACGCACGUUCCAAUAAAACGAAAGGCUUUGGCUUCGUGAGCUUCAAAGAUCCUACGGAUUUCACCCGAGCUAUGAGGGAGAUGAACGGCAAGUACGUGGGAAGUCGACCCAUCAAAUUGCGCAAGAGCAAUUGGAAGAACCGCAACAUUGACGAGGUGAAGAAGCGGCAAAAGGAAAAGGACGUCCUGCUGGGCAAGCGCCGAUGAUUCUCUCCAAAAUUCCACCCCCCGCUUCUCUAAUUUACUUUAAUGAGUUGUUGAUCAGACUGCUUCUAUGACAUCCCCCAAUGGAAAUACAAUCAACAAGAUUUCCA